AUGUUGCCGAGAACUUCUGGAAGGAAACGAAAACCAGUUCGUUUUUUUGAUUAUGUAACCCCGGAUUCUGACUCUGAAAUUAACGAUGAGCAAUUUGAGGUCAAAAAAGAAAUCGACGAUGACGAUGAUUUCGAAGCGGCGGGAAUUCAAAAAUGCGAAGAAUCCGCGGGAAUUUUCAGCGAAAAUCAAAGUUUAGCGAUUUUCGAGUUCAUCUUGAGCCAAAUUCGAAGUGAGAAUCCGGAACGGCUGGGUCGAGUGGCAAAGAAUCGAGUGAAUUUGGGUUCGAAGGAUUUCUGGAAGAGAUGCUCGAAAUUUGUGGGCGGAGCCAAAAAUCCGAUUUCCUGUAGGGCAAACUACCACGAGAACAUUCGAAAACUUCACGAUCUCGAAUUUUUGACACUUUUGGACAAGGCGGAUCUCUAUUUCGCAUUAUCGAUUCGUCCCGAAAAAUCGAUAAAGCAAACAUUGAUCGACGAAUUCGAAUUGGAGUUUGAUCAGUCGGGAAUCGUGACUGGCAGUUUGAUUCUGCAUCAUUGGGACGAGAAGCACGAGACUUCGGAAUCAGAAGACGUCGAGGGGAUUCAGAAGGGGAACAGUACGAAGAAAACGAAUAAAACAGCUGGGCGACGUCGAAAAAAUCCAGAAAAUUCGAGAAAGAAAGCUGAGCAAUCGGCAGAAUCGUCUUCUGCGGAGCCGCGUCCCAACGCGGACCUAUUCCCGUAUUUAUAUCGCCGGGAGCUGAGAAAAGUGCGCCAGAAUAAGAUUAACAUAAAGAAAAAGCCGGUUUCCGAGGAAUUUCUGAAAGCCAGACGCGAAAUCGAUGAAAAACUGGAAGAGUAUCAAGCAAGACAGCUGGCAUUGAAUCCGCCGAAACCGAAUCCGAAGGAAUGGAAAUAUGAUGGUCCGCUGCGCCCAAUCGAUUAUCGAUUUUUUGAGAAAUCCACAGAAGACGUCAUUUUGACGACUUCUGAAGUCAAAACGGAGGAGUUUGAAGAGCCGAAACCCGAGAAAUUGAUUCUGAAAUCGCCGAAAAAGGUGCCCAAAGUGGUGCUACCGCCAAGAACGUGGAAUCCACUGCCUACAGUAAUCCCAAAACGGGCGACACCGCCGCCACCGUAUCCAGGUGUCUCGGCGAUAAGGAAACUCUACAGUAAUCCGAGUCCGGUACAGUAUACCUCAAGAUUUCUGAACCGCGGGCCUGCUGUAGACGCAAAGAAGUUGUUGAGCCAAACUCCCGGACCAUCAACACCAUCACCGUCAAGCCGCCCAUCAGCAGUUGUGUCCACAAUGGCGAAGUAUAAUAAUCAAGUUUCUAGGGAAAUUUCGAAUUUUUCGAAAAUUCCAAAAAUUGAAGACUUUAUAUGA